UGAGUUCUGCAAACUCUGGAGGACUCCAUCAUCGCUCCUCGGACCCACCCAAACCCUAGAGCCCUAGAAAAUGGUGAUUUUUCCCCGAGGACCAGUUUAGAACGACUGGAAAUUUCUUAAUUUUCUCGGUGUUAUCCAAAUUCCCGAUUUUCUCGGCGAUUUGUUCAAAGGAAAUUGAAAAUGGCGGCGGCAGAGGACACGACGCAGAUCUAUCACGAAAGGCAAAGAUUACAGUACUGCCUCUUGCAUGCUCUCAAUAACCUGUUUCAGGAGAAGGACAUAUUCACUAGAGCAAAGCUGAAUGCCAUAGCCGAAAAGCUCAGUCUUGAUGACCCAAAUAAGGAAACAUGGACACCAUUAUCUGUGUUAUUCAAGCCUCAUCACAAUAUGAUCACUGGAAACUACGACAUAAACGUUCUAACUGCAGCCUUGGAAGGGAAAGGGAAAAGUGCGAUUUGGCAUGAUCGCCGUAAUGGUGCUUCUUCGAUUGAUCUUGAUGGUGCUGAAGAUACUUUAAUGGGUAUUAUGCUUAACAUCUCAGUUAGACGGUUUGGUGGGAUUUGGAAUGGUAGGCAUUGGUUUACAUUGAGAAAGAUGGGUGGGGUUUGGUAUAAUUUGGAUAGUGAUCUGAAGUCUCCUCAAUCCUUUAAAGAUGUUGAAGAAGUUAAGAAAUUCUUGGAUUGCAUCAUUGGUGGUGGUGGAGAGAUUUUUCUUGUCAUGAAUUGUAAAGACCUAGGCGAAGAGUUUUUGCAUAGAGAUUUCAGGAGAUACAUGACUUUAAGCGUGGAAGAUCCAGAUACAGUAGAUUUUAUAUGCAUUUGGGUUAUCUCUGAAACAGAUUACUGCAAAGAUGAUUCACUUACAACCCCCCUUUUGCUAAAGGAAAAGAUGUCGGCUAUAAUAGGCAAACGAGUGAGUUACAGCCCAGUUGUUAGUCACCACACCAUCAUCACAUACCAAAGACGACUCUUCGGUGAGAGAGGUGAGAAGCCAAAAGGGCCUGCUUCUAAAAGAGGGUCUGCCUUGGAUUGUAAGAGAGCUGCUGAGGAGGCCAAAGGGGCUUCUGGGAAUAACAGACUCAGGCUGUUCAAAACACCAGUACUCUCACCCAUGGGACUUCUCAAGCGCCUUGGUGAUAAGAUGGCCACAGCCUUUCGGUUUGUAUUCACGAAGAAGAAGAAGAAGAGGCUUUCAGCCAGGACUGCUUCAUCAGGGAAAUCCAAGAAAUUCAUCGCCCCUGAUGAUUCUCACAGAAGUGAAGCCAUAGCUGAUUGCAUCGAGUUCAUCAACUCAUCCGCUCUCAACAGAUCAAACUCUGUUUCUGCAAAUUCUCACUAG